AUGCCUCGUCAGUCCCGCUCUCGCCCCGCUGCUCGACCUGCUGCUCCUCGGCCUGCAGCUCCAGCGCAGACCCGCAGUGCUUCUACCGCCGCCGCUCCUUACGCCGGUUCUGCAGCCCCGCAUGCGCACCAUGCUCCGCCUGUUCCUCCUCAGGCACAGACGCAGUCACGAGAGCCCGGUAUGCUCGCGCAGAUGGCCGCCACCGCUGGCUCAGUAGCGGUCGGCUCGACCGUUGGCCAUGGUAUUUCGCACAUGCUUUUCGGCGGCUCUUCCUCCGCUCCUGCGCCCGUCGAGGCACAGGCACCUCCCGUUCAGCAGCAGCAGUCCUACCAAUCCCAGGGUAUUAGUUGCGAUGUUCAGGCCAAGGAAUUUACGAAGUGCCUUGAGAAGGCUGACCUGCCUUCUUGCACUUGGUAUCUCGAGCAGUUGAAGGCUUGCCAGGCUGCCGCGGCGCCAUACUGA